AUGGAGCGAGACAGACGUCUCCCCGAGCACGGCAUCCCACCAGAGCCCCCAACGGUCGACGCCGCCGCCGCCUUACCCUCCCCAAGGGUCGACGGUGGGACGACUCCUGGCUCCUUCGCAUCUGCGGAGCGCGCCCCGAGCACUUCCGGGAUUUUCGAGCGCGGCUCCGGCUCCUCGGGAGGAGUGGUCGAGCGCACCGGCAGCACUUCCCUUUACACUCCCAGGUGGGCACGCGGGGCGGCGGGAGCGCCCGUACCCCCUUCCGCCAUGGCCUCCGCGGCUGCCGCCGCAACAGCCGCCGCAUCAGCCUCCGCGUCUGCCGCCGCCGCCGCCGCAGCAGCAGCAGCCGUGCCUGGUUCGGAUCCAACCACUCCUAGCGGCCCGCUGACGGCUCCGUUAGACGUCAGUUUUACGUCCACUAAUCCGCCCACUCCGUUAGGGUUUCAGCAAGGCUUUCCGGGUUUCCAGCCGCGGGAUCCGGAGCGCGACAGGCGGAAUCUGUCCAUGGAAAUGCCGGAGCCCCCCCCUCGGCGGAGGACCCGCCCGGCAUCUUCCGCCAUCUACCCCCGCCCCCACCCAAUAGCUUCCCCCGGCGACGGCGCGGCGCACCGCGGAAUGGGCAGCGACUUGAGCGGAGACGCGCGGCUGUGGUCCCCGUCGCAGCACCUCCAGCGCGGACGCAUGCCGGAAGCCGCCUUCCCCAGUUACCGCCCGGGCGACAGCGGGAUUCUUCGCGGCGGGAGGCGGCCUGGCGGGCCGAUGUCCGGGCAGUUUCCCGGGCCGGGCAUGGGAAAGUCGGGCAUGAUUGGCCAGUCGGGGCUGAUCGGGCAGUCGGGAAUGUUUCCGCCGCCAUCGGCUAUCCCCCAGUCGGGGUCGUGGGGCGGGACAGCACCGAACACGCCGAGCAUACCGAAAUCGAAUAUAGUGCAGAAAUCGAUGAUCAUGUGCAUGGAUCCGACGUGUAACAAGUGUCCCCCCGAGAUGCACGCGCUUCGAAACCGCAAGCUUAUGGCGGCCGCGAUUGACGAGUUCCCGCAGCCGCUGGCGUCGAGAGACGGGCGCGGAGGGGGGAAGCGCGGGAGCGACGGGGUCGGGGACGGGGGAGGGGACGGCGGAGGACGUGGCGGAGGAGGAUUGGACGAUUUUGAGUAUGAUUUCGACGAGUUUGAUUUCGAGGAUGACGAGGAGUAUGACGAGGAGACGGGCGGGAAGAGAACAAUCAUCCGCUGCUGCGGCCUGCCAUGCUUUGUCUUCACCAGCCGGCCCGCUGUGGCACGGCAAGCGCCUGUCACCUAUGCUGGGGUUCUACUAGUCUUUCAAAAUCCUUCCCUUUCCCCCCAUGCGCACCCCCUUCUUCCCGCCAGUCCUGAUGGCAAGCGCCGGUCGCCCAUGCUGGGCUUUUUCCGGUUCGUGGAAGGGUUGGUGCAACCCGUGGGCAUCCUCAACCCGCACUCCAGGUUCGUGGCGCAGUGGAACAAGUGGUUCAUGGUGACGUGCAUCUUUGGCUUCUGUAUCGACCCAUGGUUCCCCCUGUCCUGUCCCUGCCCCUAUCCGUCCCCCCUUGCUUCCCCCGUCCACCACUCCCUACCGCCCCCCUCCCCAGGUUCGUGGCGCAGUGGAACAAGUGGUUCAUGGUCACGUGCAUCUUUGGCUGCUGUAUCACCCCCUGGUUCCCCUGUCCUGUCUGUCUUGCUCCAUCCGUUCCCCGUUGCUCUGCCCCCAUUCUCCCCCUCCUCCCCACCCAGGUUCGUGGCGCAGUGGAACAAGUGGUUCAUGGUGACGUGCAUCUUUGGCUUCUGUAUCGACCCAUGGUUCCCCCUGUCCUGUCCCUGCCCCUAUCCGUCCCCCCUUGCUUCCCCCGUCCACCACUCCCUACCGCCCCCCUCCCCAGGUUCGUGGCGCAGUGGAACAAGUGGUUCAUGGUCACGUGCAUCUUUGGCUGCUGUAUCACCCCCUGGUUCCCCUGUCCUGUCUGUCUUGCUCCAUCCGUUCCCCGUUGCUCUGCCCCCAUUCUCCCCCUCCUCCCCACCCAGGUUCGUGGCGCAGUGGAACAAGUGGUUCAUGGUGACGUGCAUAUUUGGCUUCUGUAUCGACCCCUGGUUCCUCUUCACGCUCCUCACCAUGUUCUCGCCCUCCAAGGUCACCCUGUGCCUAGACAUCAACUAUCCGGCUGCCAUCACUCUCACCGUCAUGCGUUCAAUCGUUGAUCUCAUGUAUCUCAUCAACAUAUUCAUACAGUUCCGCAUGGCCUACUUUGUCCCAGCGCCCAGCAACCGUUCCUACAGGUGGAGCUACCUGCGCUGGUGCGCCCAGCACCCGCUCCUACAGGUGGAGCUGCCUGCGCUGGUGUUCCGCAUGGCCUAUUUCGUCCCGGCGCCCAGCAACCGCUCCUACAGGUGGAGCUGCCUGCGCUGGUGGUACGCUGAGGCCUCUCAGCUGGAACCGGGGGACAUGGAGACGGACACGAGGGUGAUUGCCAUUCGAUACCUCAAGUCCUGGUUCCUCGUGGACCUCGUCUCGACCUUCCCCAUCCCCCAGAUCUUCAUCCUAGGGAUCGUCCCAGCGCUGGGCAAGCGCGUCUCCACAGCAGCCAACACGUGGAUCGCUGUCCUCACCCUCCUCGCGCUCUGCAUUCAGAACAUCCCCCGUGCCGCGCGCUUCUUCCCGCUGCUGGCGGGCACGGCGCCGCAUGUGACGGGCUUUGUGUUUGAGACCGCGUGGGCCAAUUUCCUCCUCAACCUGGUUUUCUAUCUGAUGGCCUCCAACUUCGUGGGAGGAGUGUGGUACAUCCUGGCUGUCGAUCGCUUCAGCGAGUGCCUGCAAAACGUCUGUGCCAACACCAAGGGCUGCAACCCCACCUACCUCUACUGCUCCAACACCAACGCCCCAGUCACCACCGUCGCCUCUGCGGACCUCUUUUCACCGCAGUACACCGGCACGAACGUCACCACAUGCCUAUACUCCCCUGGGGAGGACAGCAAAACGGAGUCGCCCAUCCCGUACGGGGUGUUUGCGAAUGCCAUCCCGCUCACGGCAAGCCGGGACGUGGUCUCAAACUACCUCUACUCCUUCUUCUGGGGUUUGCAGCAAGUGAGCACGCUGUGUGGCAACCUCGUGCCGUCGCGGUGGGAUGUGGAGGUGCUGUUCGUCAUCGUCGUCACCAUCAUCGGCCUGCUGCUGCUCGCUCUCCUCAUUGGCAACAUCUCCAACUACCUGCAGUCACUCAACAGAAGGUCCUUUGAGUACCAGCUACAGCGCCACGACAUCGACUCCUGGAUGCAGCGCAGGAACCUUCCUGUUGACCUCCAAAAGCAGGUGCAGGCGCAGCUGCGGUUGCAGUGGGCGGCGACUAGAGGCGUGGACGAGGCAGAGCUGCUGGACAGUUUCUCGGACUCCAUUCAAAUUGACCUCCGCCGCUCGCUGUGCCUCGAAUUACUACAAUGCUCGGUUCUCUUCUGUGCCAUGGAGCCACCAGUUCUCGACGCCUUCUGUGCGCGGCUGCAGCAGCAGAUCUACACAGCAGGUUCAAUGAUCAUACGGGAGGGCUACCCCGUCUCGCGCAUCUUCUUUGUCCUCCGCGGCGAGCUCGAGAGCUUCUCAACGUUCGGCGGGCACACGGGGAUGGUGGACACUGUGGUGCUGGGCAAGGGGGACUUUCUGGGGGAGGAGCUGCUGGUGGAGUGUCUUGAAAGGCUCUCUGCUGCCAGUGGGAGGAGCUCGGGGCGAUCCCUCACCAUGCGAAGAUCCAUCGCAGCGACCCCAUCGCUCACCAGCUCCGCCAACCUGUCCCAGCCAUCGGUAGACGUGCUCCCCACGGCGCAGCGCUCGGUGCGCUGCCUGGGGCCCGUCGAGGGGUACUCGCUGGAGGCUGCUGACGUGGCAUCUGUGUGCAAGCAGUUUGCACGCAUGCUCUGCACCAACACCAUUCAGCGCGCCCUCAACGAAAUAUGCCACAACAGACGAACGCACGCCGCCCGCACAAUCCAGCUGGCGUUCCGCCGGUACUUGAGACGAAAGCUCGGUCUCUCUGUAGAGGAUGUAUUUAAAGCGUGGACGGGCGGAUGUGAGAGGGAUGGUGAUGACGAGAUAGGACAUAUCGUGACCAACUACCACGUGAUCGCCAAUGCUGCUGACCUCAGAGUCACACUUUCAGACUCCUCGGUGCAUGCAGCGGUGGUGCUGGGGUGCGAUGAGGACAAGGACGUGGCAGUGCUUCUAGUCACACUCUCAGACUCCUCGGUGCAUGCAGCAGUGGUGGUGGGCUGUGACGAGGACAAGGACGUGGCAGUUCUGCGAAUCGACGCCCCUCAGGAGUCACUCCACCCGGUUACCAUCGGAUCGUCGUCAGAUUUGAUGGUCGGGCAACGGGUCUUCGCCAUUGGUAACCCCUUUGGGCUCGACCACACUCUCACAUCAGGCGUCAUCAGCGGUUUGAGGAGAGAGAUCCAAUCAGCAGCAACAGGGCGGCCAAUACAGGGGGUGAUACAAACGGAUGCUGCUAUAAAUCCGGGCAACAGCGGUGGGCCUCUUUUGGACUCUAGUGGCAGUCUAAUCGGCAUCAAUACGGCUAUAUAUUCACCCUCGGGUGCUUCUUCUGGUGUCGGAUUUGCCAUUCCUGCCGACAGUAUCAGCGGCAUCGUGGAGCAGAUAAUAGAGAAUGGGAGGGUGGUGCGGCCGGUGCUGGGGAUCUCCUUUGCGCCCGAGAAGGCGGUGGAGAAGCUGGGCGUUGACGGGGUGCUCGUGCUCGAUGCCCCACCCUCUGGGCCCGCAGGCAAAGCCGAGGCAGUGGAGGAGCUGGGCGUUAAUGCGGUGCUCGUGCUCGACGCCCCUCCCUCUGGGCCCGCAGGCAAAGCCGUGAGUGUAUCGUAA